CCCCGCGGAUCCGCGCGACGAUGGCGCUCGCGCCCGGGCUCGCGCGCAAGGUCAAGAAGGUCCUCGAGACGCGCGCGGACUCCCCCGAGAUCGUCGCGUGCCUCCGAGGCCUCUCCGAGUUCUACACCGAGAACACCCCGGAGGCGAGGCGCGGGCUGCGACUCAGCAUCGAGCGUCGCGGCCUGGACGUGAACAGGGAGUUCCUAGACGCGAGCUCGAACGCGCGCGAUGCGCUGUCCGAGGUGGACGCGCAGCUGGACGGCCUCCUCGCCGGGUGCCAGAGGAUCUCGAGCGCGCUCGACAGCAGCCGCGCGAGGACGCGCGUGCUGCUCCGAGAGACGAGCAGGCUCGCGGAAGAGAAGCGCGCGAUCGAGGAGCGGAAGCGAACGAUCAAGACGUUCUCGGUCGACUUCCAACUCAAAGACGAGGAGAUCGCGCUCUUGAAGAGCGACGACGUCACCGGCGCGUUCUUCGACGCGCUCGCGAGGGUGCAAGAGAUUCACGCCAACUGCCGCGCGCUCCUGCGGACGCGGCAUCAGCGCGCGGGGAUGGAGCUGAUGGAUCAGAUGGCGUCGCAUCAGGAAGCCGCGCACGAGAGGCUGUGCCGCUGGGUCCAAGGCGAGUGCGCCGCGCUCGCGGAGGACGACGCCGGGGAGGUCCCGGAGCUGCUCUCGCGCGCGAUGAGCGCGCUCAGGGCGCGGCCGGUGCUGCACAAGUACUGCGUCGAGGAGGUGUCGCGGACGCGGCACAACGCGCUGUUCCGGCGGUUCAUCAACGCGUUGACGAGGGGCGGGCCGGGGGGGAUCCCGGUGCCGAUUGAAACGCACGCGCCUGAUCCGUUACGUUACGUAGGCGACAUGCUAGGAUGGCUGCAUCAGGCCACCGCGGGGGAGAAGGAGCUCGUGGACGCGCUGUUGUUAGCGGAGACGCCGCGCGAAGGAGGCGGCGACGGCGCGGAGACUGGCGGCGGCGACGGACCAAACGCGGCGUCGCCGAACGCGCCGAGCACGCCCACGCCGCCCGAGGACGAGGACGACGAGCUCGCGGACCCGGCGAAGGUCCUCGACCGCAUCCUCGACGGCGUGUGCCGGCCGUUCAAGGUCCGCGUCGAGCAGGUCCUAUCGUCCACGCCGCCGGCGCUCGUCGCGUUUAAGCUCGGGAACCUCCUGACGUUUUACCGCGGCGUGAUGGUAAAGAUAAUCGGCGCCGACGCCGGGCUCGCGGCGACGAUCGACGAGUGCGGCUCCUCCGCGAAGAUGACGUUCGAGUCUAUGAUACAAAAAGACGCCGACGCGCUCAGGGCGUCGCCGCCGGUGCCGACGGAAACGCUCGCCGCGCCCGCCGCGGUGACGGAAGCGGCGAACAAAGCCGCGGAGUUGCUCACCGCGCUGUCGUCCACGUUCGACGACGGCGCGCGGGGCGCGGACGGCGCGGAAGCGGACGCGUCCACCGCGGACGUGCUAUCUGCCGUGAUCGACCCGGUGAUCGACGCGUGCGAUAGAAGCGCGGAUAUGAUCGAAGCGCAGGUGAAGCGUCACCGGGACGCGGUCGCGGCGACCGGGACGGAGCUCGCACCGUUGCCGACCGCGCACGCGAAGAGGUGGGCGAAGGAGGCGUACUCGAUCAACUGCGCGCACGCGGUCGCGCAGGUGUUGACGCCGUUCCCGCGCGCGACGUCGCUCGUGGAGAAGCUCACGAGCAAGAUCGCGGCGCUCACGAGGAAAGCGGCGGAGGACGAGUCCACGCGAGUGUUGCACUCCGCCGGCCUCGCGGAGAUUCGCGAGCUCAUGUCGCUGUACCAACAACAGAGCGGCGGCGGCGGCGGCGCGGGGGGGAGCGCGCAAACGCAAGUCAUGGCGAGAGACCCCGCGCUCGCGCUAGACGCCGUCGGGCGCGCGCUCGACGCGCUCGUGGACGCCGUGAGCGAGACGACGGCGCCGAUUCCAAAUUUCGACGAGAUCAAGGCGCCGAGGAUCCGCGCCGACGCGCGCGCGGCGUUCGCGUCCGCGGUGACGGAGGCGUACACGCUCGUGUACAUGGCGCUGCUGGAUCCGAACAACGGGUACGGACGGAACGCGAUCGACGCGAUGAAGCACGGGCCGAACGCGCUCUCGACGGUGUUGGGAGGCCUGUACUAGUAGAGUAUCAUAGAACGAGGCGAACGUCGCGAAUUAAUUAGGAGCAGCGUCCGCGGCUUUGUUACGACGGACGAAGCGCGAUCG